GCGGCGGCGGCGGCAAACAAAACGCGUAAAAACACGUCUCCGGACCGGGCGCAGUGCGCGUAUCGUACCUCAUACUGCGCGGUCGUGUGUUCGUGUUCAAUAUAAUAAUAUAGGUACGUUGAUAUUGUUAUAGCGUGUCACCCCAGUCCGGUGAAAAACGAAGAAUUUUUUAAAAUUUUUUUUUUCUCUGUAACUUAACUCAAAUAUAUUUAAUAUGUAAUGAUUUUCGGUCAUUGGUGUGUAAAUCCGUCGUGCGUGGACGUACAUAAUUAAUAUUUUAAUAUCAUUCUUAUUACAUCGAAACGUUAUAAACAAUAAUGGACGAGGAGACGGCGUUGGUUUUGGGCGUGCAACUAUUGGCCCUGUGUUGUAUAGCGUGUUCUCUGGUGCUAUACUUGUUGCGGAAAAUGAGCAGGAAAACCGUGGACGCGGUUCCGGCGCUUCGAUCAGUGUUAGUCACGUCGUGCGAGACGUCCGUCGGACUUCAGCUUUGCGACCGGCUGGCGGCCGCUGGUUUCCGGGUAUUUGCCGGCUACAAGCCGGACGUCCGGCCGGACGCGGCUGAGUCGUUCGACUGUGUGGUGCCGUCAGGCCCAUCAUCCGGAGCCUGCGCAUUGCUCCGUUCGCGCGUCAAGCAGCGUGAAUCUGCCACCGCGGACGUGGAACGGGCACCAGGAGGUAUCGUGUUCGUGCCGUUGGACGUGACUCGAGAAGAUUCGUUGCACGAGGCCGUGGUCACCAUCAAAAGGCAUCUGCCCGCCGGGGAAGACGGUUUAUGGGCAGUCAUAAAUACCGCAGACGUAUGCCUGAAGGGAAGAAUCGAAAUACAAGAGAGUGUUCAAUGGGAGACGCUAUUUAAGACUAAUGUUUUUGGAACACUCAAGGCCGCCAGAACAUUUUAUCCUUUACUAGUGAGCCAAAAAGGUCGUUUUAUUAACUUUGGUACAUCCAACGGACAUCCUCGCCGUCAAGGAAUGACUGCGUUCGACUCUGCGCGCCAUGCCGUGGUUGGUGCUAGUUCCUCGCUAAGAGAAGACUUGAAGGAUUUGGGUGUACAUAUAAUUGUUAUAAACACCAAUCACAUUCAGCCGGAGCACAUGUUCGAACCGGUGCGGUCUUCUGGAAAAGCUAAUGAACAAACGCUCAAUGAAAUGUUUAUGAAAUCGACUUUACCCGAGUAUGCCAUACACACACUAUUGGACGCACUACUCGAGCCCAAUCCUAAACCUGUGUACGCUUUUGAAAAACCAUCGAUGUUUAAUUGCAAUAACUUUUCCAAAAAAAUUCUGAAACCCGAACGCUACGUCGGUUAUGAAAAUAUUUAAUUAAAUAACCUUGACUAUAUAUUUUAAAAUAGUGUACAAAUUAUAACAGACCAAUUUAUGGUAUUAAUGAAAUUGGAAGAAAUCAAAGUUACAUAAUUGUUUUAUUUUAUUAUCAUAACAUUAAAUAUAUUAUUAUAUUUAAAGAUUAUCCAAAGAACAUUAUUAAAUGGUCAGUUUAGUUUUAUAUAAUAUGUUUUUAAAUAUUUAUAUGUUGUAUUAUUAUUGUAAAAUAAAUGUUCAUACUGAUUUAAUUGAAAACUCUGCCAAUGUACCGUCAAUUCGUGCCUAUAUAUAAUAUUAUAGUUAUUAUCGUUGCUAUACGAAGAGAAUGAUAUAUUGAUAUUGCAUAACAUUUAAUUUAAUUAUACAAAUAUAUUUAAUUUUUAUCAACA